AUGUCUGCUGCUUGGAAGUCCAUGAAGAAGUGUUUCAAAACCAGCUCGAUGGCCCAACUGACUCCAAAGUCAAGCACAAUGGCUGCCGUCAGCUUGAACUUGAACAGGUCGGUCAUCUUGACAAACUGCAUGGCCUCGUUCAGCUCCGGCAUGAACUCAGUACUUCCAGAAAUGCACAGGAAAGUCACACCCAGCAAUCCAUAG